AUGGGUAACAAACAAACAAAUAGAACUUCGGAUAGUCAUCCUCAUCAAGUAGACUUUAUUCCAAAGGAAUAUUUACCAAUGAAUGAAACAUGCAUGUUGGGAAUGAUGAUGUGCCCUGGGAGGAAUAAGAAAAUACAUCGACGAAAUUUACAACAAGAUUUGGAAAGGAUUCGUGAUAAAUUUGAUGGUCAAACCAUUGUCACAUUGGUGAGGAAUGAAGAAUUGGAAGAGAUGAACAUUGUUGAAUAUCUUCCGAAAAUUAAACAAGAAUUUGGAAUGAAAUCUAUACAUUUUCCAAUAAGAGAUAAAUCAUUACCUAAUGAUAAGGAGGAAUUUUGUAAAUUAAUUGAUGAAAUUAUUCAAGAAUUAAUUAAUGGAAGAAGAGUAAUUGUUCACUGUAAUGGUGGAAAAGGAAGAGCAGCAACAGUUUGUACUGCAGUUUUGCAAGUACUCAAGGUCAGGAAAGUCAAAUGCCAGGAAUACAUUUCCAGUUCAUCUAAUGCCAUGACCAUUGUUAGAACAACGAGAGGAAGUGGAACUUUACAAAAUCCCAUUCAAAUCAUUUGGUUAAAAACAAAAUUCUUAAGCUAUUAUGAGAAUGAACACUUCAAAGGGUCAUAG